AUGGAGAAAGCGAGUGAGAUUGAAGAUUUCAGGGUCAAACAUGGCACCCUACAAGCAAACUAUGAUCAACUGCAACGGGAGUGCAAGGAACUAGGAGUACGUGCAGCAGAGGCAGAGGAGCGCACCGCUGACCUAAAGGAGGAGCUUGGGAACCUUCUCAACAACAGCGACGCUGUGACUACUACCACUAUCAUGGAACCGGUAGAGGUCAAGAACCCUGUCACUGUAGUUGAGAUUGGGGAUGUGUAUGGCACCCCUGAAAGGGUUGACGCUGCAGAGGGCACAGCGGUUCAAACGGGAGGUGUGGAUGAGGCAUAUGCGAAUGAGACCAUGGAGGCAGCGGCAAAAGUUGCGGAUGGAGAUGCUCUGGGACUGCUAGAGCAGCUCAACCAGCACCAGGAGCAGCUGGACGAAGAAGAGCAGCAAGAGGUCACAGAAGAGGGGAGUCUGGAUGGUGUCAUUGAAAAUACCGAGGAGUGGUCCCAACAGGAGGGAACUCCAAAGCUGGUACGUCCACCCGACUUGAUCGCUACUGGAGGCACUCUGGAAGGGGAGGAGGCUGCAGAUGGGACUGACACUGGAAAUGAGGAGCAAUUGGGCUAUGGGUCAGAAGACAAUGAAAGCCUCUUGCAAACCACAAAGCGAUCUGUGCUGCAGGCCGUGCUGGCUGGCAGAGAGGAUUGA